UGUUCACUCUCACUGUUUAGACUUAGUGUCUAAAGUGUAGUAGUAAUAACAGAUACUUAAAAUAUAAAUAAGUAUAUGGCAUACGUACAAAUGGAGUUAGCUUUAAUGUGAUACAACAAUCAGUAUUAAGAAAAAUGAUGAUUUCAAGAUCUAAACAUCGGUCAUCCAUCGAUGUUUGUUCCGAUUGCGGGGCAUCGGAUCCAUCGUGGGCGUCAAUAAACCGUGGGUUGUUGUUAUGUGCCGAGUGCUGUAGUGUUCAUCGCAGUAUGGGUCGGCAUAUAUCGCACGUAAAGUCACUACGACAAGGGUCUUGGCCGCCGUCGCUUUUAGCUAUGGUGCAAGCACUAACAGCACAGAAUGUAAAUAGUAUUUGGGAGCACUCUUUAUUGGACACAUCAGCUCCGAAACAUCUGCGGAAGAAGCCAACUCCAAAAGACCCAUUACAUCCAAUUAAAUCAGAAUUCAUUUUGGCAAAACAUUUGCGACUUGCUUAUGUAUUACGCGCUCGUCGUGAUGAACCACCAAGUGAAUUGGGAAGACAGUUGCACAGUGCUGUGCGAAGCUCCUCUUUGGACACGGGUAUGAGACUACUAGCACAGGGGGCUGAUCCUAAUUACUAUAAUCAGGAAAAAGGCAACAUGUGCCUACACGUUGCAUGCCGUGCCGGUCAGCCAGCGCAGGCUGAGUUGUUGGUAGCCUGGGGAGCUGACCCAACAGCCAAGGAUAGUGCAGGAAACACCCCCAGCGAAUGUGCUAGACUAGGUGGCCAUACAGAACUUGCUGACCGUAUGACAGAGUUAGUAUAUGAAGCCACAGAUCGAAUGAUCUACUUUCUGACCGGUGAAAGACCGGAUCACGCAUCUGGUAGGCACUACAUAGUGCCGCGAGCGCAUGAUACACACGAAAUGACCGACGUCGCUAAGGCUGCUAGGGGAAAGUUGCAACUAUUACCAAACCAUCUCUUUGAGGAGCUUGUUAUGGAUAUUUAUGAUGAAAUUGAUCGACGCGAAACGGAAGCCAUAUGGCAAACCAGCGCGACGGGCUUAGAGCGAUGUGGUGUGGCAUUUUUGCCCGUGAACCCGGCUCUAUCGGCCCCAAGAAACCAGGGCAGGCAGAAAUUAGCCAGACUAUCUUCACCGGAAUUCGCUACAUUACUCCGGGAUGUUCUUCUAGAUGCUACUAGAAGACAGAGGAUUGCAAGUCUACAGCCCAGAGGUAUAUCGGGUCCACUAAACCCGUUAUUAUCGGCGAGCCACUUGAAACACAUUUCUCAAAUGUCUGACGAUGAGCCUUUAUACGAUUCGGUCGCUUCGGACGAGGACUACGCGGCUUUGGCACCCAUUGACUUGGAUAUAUCAAAUCUAGACCCGAAAGCGGGCGAAACAGUGUCAUCCACAUACAACCCAUCACUGCCCGAAUCAAACGAACGUACAAACACACCGAUAGACAGAAACGAGAUCGAAUCUCUUAAAAAAGAACUCGACAAUCGUGACUCGACCAUCACAGAGCUGAAGAAUCAGCUGAAAAACCUUCAAACUAUCGUGGAACAGUUGACGAAAGAGAACAGCGUGCUAAAAACGAGUAGUAUCGACGAAGACAGCGUGUCCACGAAUGAGGACAAAGAGAAAGGAAGAGAAGAAGAUGUAAGAGUGAAGACCCGCCCGGUCAGUAUGUAUGAGACUAGAGAGGGACCAAGGAAUAACUGGCAGGUUACUAAACAUCAGUUGACAAGUAUUCCGGUUUUGGAGAGGUCCCUAACACAGGGUGCGUUGGAAGUUGGCAUAUCAAGUAUGAUGGAUAUUGAUUCGCCUCGGGAGCCAUUGAAUGCCGAGGUAGUCCAAAUGCGUGCGGAAGCCGUGACUCGUGCAAUCCAAGAGUUGUGGUCGGCUGCGAGGCUCCAACGCAGUCGGUUGCCGGAUAGGGCUGACUCUAUCCGACGAGCUACGUCUUCACUAUUGGCACUGUUUCCACAGACCUGCUCAGACGCAUCGUUGGACCAGGUAGUAAGUGAUCUUCGUUCAGCGAGCGAAGAACUGAGCAUCGCUUGCACUGCCCAAGCUCCAAUCGACCAAGUACGAACAGCCGCGUACGACUUGGCCAAAGCGACCAAGCUUUUAGUAACACAUUUCCAGCCCUCCUAGCGAAGAACACUACACUACACAACCGUGUAGUGUAAAAGUGUACCCUGGUGUUGCACUUUUGGGAUGUUUAAGUGAUUAGUGUCACAAUUGUAGGUUGUAUUAGUGUUACAGUUCUUGUAUUGCCAGUUUAGCGGCAAAUGUAAAAGUAUUGCGGGCUUUUUGAUGGUAAUCAGUUUUUUGUGAUUUGUAGGAGCUGCAUGAAGUGAAUGCAAGUUUGGCAAAUAAGUUGUCUUAGGGAGCGUUCAAGUAUUACUAAGUUAUAUACGGAGGCGUGGAUCUUAGGUUUCUUCCUUAGGUACAUGCCCUUCCCUUAUUACGCAUAACCUAGCCAAUUUACUUGCGGGUAACACUAAAUUUUAUUGAAAUACUGUUUUUUAGCUGGGUUGAAACAUGUUAGAGUGAGGGAUUAACUUUUAAUUAUAAUGCGGGACAAGACUAAACGAGAAUUGUUAAGACAUAAUGGACCGAUAAGUAUAAUAUAAAAAAUAUCUUUUGUUUUUGUCUCUUACUAUUUAAUUAUGAACCAAAUACUGUUAUCUACACAAAUUAUAAGUUCAAAAUGUUGUGCAAAUAUAUUUAUUUAUUUGGUGACUUCCGCCUCGAAUCGGUUUUAAAGUUCUUACGCGAGAUAAUUAUCUGAAACGUCCCGCUUCUUGUGGGACACAUGACAACAAAUCCUACAUUUGAAAUUUGUACUCUAUUAUUCCGACUAAAAGACUUGUAUCCAUUGUCAUGUAGGAAAUUAAAAAAAAAAUUCAAAUAAUAACAUGACAUAAAAUAUAUCUAUAUUAAAUUAAAAACAGUAUUUAAUUGAAAUUUUUGGGAAUGUUUUGGAUUUUUGAUGUGCUAUAUUGUUAGUGUUACAGAUUUGUCUGAGUUUGCUAUUGUGAGUUGUGAUUUAGUAUAUCAAAUUCUAAAGACGUAUUCUAAAAUAGGCUCAUACUUAUAGCAUCCAUCAUUCAUUCAUCAUCUAUAUGUUCCUUCAUUAUAUUCAUUAACAUUUUUAUGACACGUUUUAGAGGUCACAUAGUGCAUUCGUCUUGUCAUUUGACAGUGAUUAACGCUGUCGGUCAAAACUUCUUCGUUCGUUUGAUAGAUGGGAAUUUACAACUCUUAGGCCCGUGUUGAGCAUCAAACAUACGUCUAUUUUCAGGACUGUCAAAUUAUUUUUUUAUAAUAUAUUUGACAGUUCACAAGACGAGAGUGACUUGAAUACAAAUUUUGAGCUCUAACUAAUCUGUGCCCAAACCAAGCUAAGAAGAGAACUCUUGUGUCUAUACUUCAGGACAGUAAAUUAGCAUGUUGACGUACUCAAAUAUUUGAAUCAACAAAAACGUAAUUUAUGCUUUUGUUUAAGCAGAAUAUUAAGACCAAAAAAACAUUACGUUUUAUUAUUUUAGUUAACGGAUUUUUAGUAUUUUUACGUUUGUUCAACAUUGUAGCUAUCGAGUUAUUUCCAACAAAUAAUUUUAACUAUAGGUUAUACUAAUUGUAUUCUAAUUAUAGCUAAAAUGAAUGCAGUAAACAGCCUGGCAGAGUAUGAAAUAUAAAGUAUCUAUGGAUUUGAGAUUUUCUUAUUCCUUGUCUUUUACGAGGCAUGGCAAUGAAAUCCAAUUGUUUUUGUCAAAGGUUUAUAAUAAAAAGGUCGGUGUAAAAUUUAAAAGCGAUUUUUAUAAGCCCUAAUAUAAAGACAAAUUGUAGCAUCGUGAAUGGUUGUAAUUGUUAUUUUUGCUACAUAUUUUAUUAUAUAUGUAGAAGAUAGCUGAACAUUAUGCUAUGUUAGAGAAAAUUGCUCGCAAAGUUUAUGAUCGUUAAGAAUUAUUUGUUAUGCAUAAGAGGCUAAACGGAAAUUGUCAUACUAUUUACAGGAAAUACUUGAUAUUAUCUGUAUUAAGAAAGAUAUAUAUCGGAUACGGGACACCGAAAUCGAAGUGAUUUUGUACCAAAAUAAUUCGUUUAAUUUUCUAUCAAAAAUCUUGUAGUGGAAUAAACACGCCACAAAUGUAUGCAAGUAAAGACUUUUUUAAUAUCCGUUCUCGUCACUUCACUACAGGCAAACUAUUAAAUCUAAUUUGUAGUUCAAUAUUUUAGUGCGAUCAAAAUUUUUGAUACUAUUUUCUGUGAUUGUAAUCGUGUUUUUUUUCAAAAUGUUUACUAAUGUAAGGUGCUUGAAGAUUUAUGUGACCCAGUGCGUAGUGUUACACAAUCGUGCCUCAAUAAAGUAGCUAGUUUUUUGUAAUGGCAAUUCCGCUAAUUAUACCACAGCCAAACUGAAGGUCUUUCAAAUGUCAUAGUUUACGACCAUAGCAAGUAAAGUCAUUGACGGGUUAAAUUAUCUUUAAAAUGACUGAAUUUAAUAACUUUGAGUCAAAUGUAGCGUGGUUUUGAUAUAAUUAGGGGAUUUUUUGGAUGUAGUUUAUCUAUAAUUUAUUAGAUUCAUAUAUUUGUCUAAAAAUAUAGAAUUUGUAACUAAAGUAUCCAUUAGUUAGCAAACUAUUCCAACUAUACGACAGUUUUGUAAUGAGCUCGACAAAAUCAGUCGAAUUACACUUUAUUGUUCUCUUUUCAACACGACUAUUACAAUGUUUGAAAGAAAGGGACGACCUUAUGCAUUGAUUUCGUUUUAUGAAAUAUGGCUUUUUAGUUCAAAUGCGAGCUUGGUAAUAUGAAAUUUUAAUGACGAUGUAACCGAAGAGUAGGAAAUGCGACUAAAAUAUAAAUAUGUACACCAUUGCGUAUAUAUCUUGCAAACAAAGAUAUAAUUUAUUAUAAUUUUUCAGCUUUAAAGUAAUCUGUAUAACUAUAAAAAUAUAUUUGUUAAUGAGAUUAUCCAGAUAUUAAGUGUUCAAAUAAAUGUGGUCGGAUAUAUCGAAUUUUUAAUCAUCUCUACAAGAAACUUUGUUACUAUAAACAUUAAUUGGACUGUUUGUUGGCCUCAGCGUGCGACUGUCAUCUCCCAGAUCGUAGGUUCAAUUCUCGUGCCCUAAUAGACGAAUAGGAAAACAUCGUUAGGAAACCUGCCUUAGACCCGAAAAGUCGAAAAGUCAACGGUGUCAGGCCUAUAAAGCUGAUUACCUACAUGCUUAUUAAAAAAAAACAACGAAACAGAUACAGAAAUCUGAGGCCCAGUCCUAGCAGUUACAACUUAGGGGCUUCAAGUGUAAAACACACUA